AUGGAACCUCGACGGGAUGCCUCCCGGCCCGCUUCGCCCUCGCCGCUCUCUUCCCUCCCGCUGACGGCCGAGUCCCUACGUCAGCCUCACGAUCACGAUCAUCAGCACCACAUCCACAACAGCAAUACCCAUAACCACAAGAGCUAUGGUCAUCAUCAUCAUCACCAUCAUCACCACCACCACCACAACAGCAGCAGCAACAGCAGCAGCAAUCACGCUCACCACCCUCACCACCACUCCUCCUCUUCUCAGCACGCCUUCCCCGCCUCGGCUCACCCCAUGCCGACGAGGACGAACAACAGCACUCCCGUCUCCUCUCACGGCCUCUUCAGCCCCUCCAUCUCCCGACCGGGUACCGUGCCUCCUCCCAUCUCCGGUUCCAACUCGCCUGCUGUCGACACCAUCGCUCCUUAUCUCCUCCACCCGCUGCAGGAGUACAAGGUUAGAGAGACAAACAAGGCUCUCAUCGAAUCCGACAGCAACACCGGCCGGAAACUCAUCAAUCAAUACGAGGUCAUCGAGGAGAUUGGCCGUGGCAUGCACGGCAAGGUCAAACUUGCCCGGAACGUAGAGACGGGUGACAAUGUCGCCAUCAAGAUCAUACCCCGCUUCUCCAAGAAGAGGCGGCUGGGAAAGGUCAUGGCCCUGUCGCCCCAGGACAAGACCAAGAAGGAGAUUGCCAUCCUCAAGAAGAUCCGCCACCCAAACGUCGUCGCCCUCCUCGAGGUUAUAGAUGAUCCCGAGCUCAAGAAGAUCUACAUGGUCCUCGAGCACGCCGAGCUGGGCGAGGUCGUCUGGCGGAAGAAGGGUCUCCCUCACAUCAGCCAGUACGAGCGCCGCCGCGUCGAGCGGGAGGCCCGUGGCGAGACCCGCUCCGCCGAGGAAGACAAGUACGAGAAGAUUCUCGAGCAGCGCCAGGCUCUCAAGGAGUGGAAGCGUGACCGCAUGGCCCUCAACCACCCCGGCGUCGCCGAUUACUGGAGCGUCGAGCACGGCGCCGCCGACGACCCCGCCGGCAGCUACGGCCCUCAGUCGCGCAUUGCCUCGAGCCAGGACUUCGCCGUCAGCGACGGGCCCCCGUCCUGCCCCGGGUCGCGCCACGUCUCCAGGGGUCCUUCCCGUACCCAAUCCGCCGUCUCCGUGAGCGACGUACCGUAUUCGGAUCUGGAAGAGGAGGAGGACUUUGACUGGCAGGAAGACGACCUCGAGACCCCCGGCCCGCUGAGGUCCAAUCCCAACUCGACCACGGCCCUCGACGGCACCAUGUACGGCGCCUACUUCGAGGACGGUAACGGCAACAGCAGCGGCAGCGGCAGCGGUAGCGGUAGCGGCAGCGGCAGCGGCGAUGGCGGCUUCCGUGACCGCUCGACCAGCAUGGCCGACUCCAUCAUCUCCCACAUGUCGUCGCUCGACUACUUCCCCCAGACCCACGACGCCUUCGCCGACGACUACUCGUACGUUCCCUGCUUCACACUGGACCAGGCCCGCUCCACCUUCCGCGACACGGUCCUCGGACUCGAGUACCUGCACUACCAGGGCGUCGUCCACCGUGACAUCAAGCCCGCCAACCUGCUGUGGAGCCGGGACCACCGCGUCAAGAUCUCCGACUUUGGCGUCUCGUACUUUGGCCGGCCCAUCCGCGACGGCGAGCCCGACGACACCGUGACCGAGUCCGAGGCCAAGGACUUUGACGACGACGUCGAGCUGUCCAAGACGGUCGGCACCCCCGCCUUCUUCGCCCCGGAGCUCUGCUACACCGACGUCGACAGGGAGCAGCCCAAGGUGUCGGAGCAGAUCGACGUCUGGUCGCUCGGCGUCACCCUCUACUGCCUCAUCUACGCCCGCAUCCCCUUCCUGGCCGAGGACGAGUUCCAGAUGUUCCGCAAGAUCGCCACCGAGGAGGUCCACAUACCCCGCCGGAGGCUCAAGCCCGUCGACCCGUCCACGUCGCCCGUCACCACGUCGCUGUACAAGCGCCACAACGUCCACCCCUACCGCAACGACAACGACCUCGAGUACGAGGACGUCGAUCCCCUGCUCCACGACCUCCUGCACCAGAUGCUCACCAAGAACCCCGAGCAGCGCAUCAAGCUGCGCGGCAUCAAGCGCCACCCCUGGGUCAUCCAGGGCAUCCCCAACCCCAUCGGCUGGCUCGACGACACCGACCCCGCCCGCCCCUCGCUCGGCCGCAAGAUCGAGGUCGACGACCGCGACGUCUCGGACGCCGUCGUGCCCCUGACCUUCCUCGAGCGCGCCCGCUCCGCGGUGCGCAAGGCCGUCGGCAAGGUCAUGCACCCGCUCGUCGACCGCGCCGCCGACCCGUGGAUCGGCGCCUCCCGCCGCCGCGCCACCAGCAGCGUGGCGAGCUCGGCAGGCGACAGCAUGGUCAACGGCCCCGCGACCACCUACACCGGCACCAACAACAACUCGAGGAGCGACCGCCGCCGCAGCCUCAUGCCCGACGACGUCUUCGCCAACCUCGUCAGGGACCGGGCAGCCGCCCAGGCGGCAGGAGCCGCCCGCAGCGUCGACGCCGUGUCGUACGACCCCAUGGCCACCGUCCUACCCCCACCUCCCGACCUGGUCCGCGAGAUGCUCGCCGCCGACAAGAACGGCAGGCCUCUCACCGCAUCCCCCCCGGGAAACCUGCGCGGCACGCCCCGCCACACCCGCUCCCUGAGCAAGCCGAGCGAGCACGUCCUGAAGCGGAGGUCGCGUAACCUCGCCGAGGCGCAGACGACGCCCGCCUCACCCGUGCAGGAGCUGUCCGACGCGAGAGCCGUCGACUACCUGGACGAGAUGCGCAGAGCUCGCCACUCCAUAGCCGACCCGGAAGACGGCGGCUCCCGAGCCCGCUCCGCGGACCGCGCCGUCCGCGGCCUCUUCGGCUCGACGGACAAGCGCGCCCCGACCCGUGCGGGGGUGUCGCAGGCCGUGGGCCCCGGGGACGUCGGCCAGCACGCGGCCUUGCCGCCGCCGCCGCCGCCGCCGGCCAUCGUCACCACACCGUCGCACUCGUCCAGGCCGAGCAUGUCCUCGCCCCUGUCCGUGUCCACGUCGCGGGAUGACGGCCCGCGGACGGAGAAGACGACGCUGGACUGGCAGGGUCAGUCAACAUCUGCACCCGCCUCGGCGUCCCAGAGCAGCCAUCCGACUGACCUAGUGAGCCGACCCUACCACCAGAACGACGCCGCGGCGAUGCAGCAGCUCAGGAUACGCGAAGACGUGCAGCAGUCGACGGGGACGGUGCGGCACGUGGAUCCAGCGGCGUCGCCGCUGACCAGCGCACCGGGGUCCCCCUCGCCGACGUCGGCCCGAGGCGGCCGCGGCUGCUGCGCAGACAAGUCGUCCAGCACCGAGUCGGUCGACCGCAUGGGCACGCCGCUGACGAGCCCGGGCGAGGUGAGCAGCAGCAGCAUGGCCAGCCCCGGGGCGUGGUCGUCGAGCAAUGGCAACGGCAACGGCAACGGCAUCGGUGAUACGUCAGCCUGGGAGAUGACGGGAGGUGGUGGCGGUAGCGGCGGCGACGCCUCAGCCAUCAAGCACGCGUCCCAGCGCACUCUCGACUUCCGCUCCGACCCGUCCCUGCCGGCCCUCCUCAGCGGCUCCAGCUCGGUGUCUGCCGACAUGGACCAGGAAGCCGAGCUUCUCAGCCGACCGGGCGUGGUCGGAAACCAGCCCUCCUUCCUCGAGGCGUCGACCGACUCCCUCACCCCGCCGGCCUACAUGAAGGAGCUGCCGGGCGGGUUCCCCCUGUUCGACGGGACUGUGUCCAACACUGGCAGCGGCGAUCCCCUAUCCAUACGCCUAGAGCCUAGAGCAGCAGACGGCGACAACGUCGACGGCGAUGGCGGUGACCGCGACGGCGGCCACCGCACCUCGGCGGAGAUGACCGACCGUGACCGAAAUUCCCGUCCCGCCUCGCGCGACGACGACGGCGACGACGGCGACGCCAGCGACGCCAGCAGCGACGAGGGCAUCCUCCUCAUGGCCAAGCCCAAGAGGAAGUCCACCGGCAUCUCACCUAAUCCUGGUGCCGGUCCGGCCGCAGGAAGAAAGGGUCCUUUUGAAGCGAGGAGGCGAGAUACGGGUAUGAGUAGCGCUAGUACCGAGACUGCCAAGCCCAAUGUCGCUUCCGAGUGCAGGGAGUCGUGGUAUGAUGUUUAA